CGGGUUUUCUGAGGUUCGGCUAACGAACACGUGCCCGAGAUACGUUUUCAAGUUUUACGUAUAAAUAAUUAUGGGAAAGGGACGCCGGCACAAGCCGAAGAAAAACUUCGCAGAGAAACGUCGUGAAAAGCAAAAGAACAGGGACGAAUGGGACAAAAUACCACAUCGUAGUUAUGCCAAUAUCAUCAGGGAGAACAAAGACUUUGAGAAGUACUAUAAAACUCAACAAAUAAUUCAAGAUGACGAGUGGGAUGCAUUUAUCGGUACCAUGAGGGAGAAUCUUCCUGUGGCAUUUAGAAUUACUGGCUCCAAAGCAGAAGCGAAAGCACUGCUGGAAAUUAUUAAAGGGGAUUUUUUCAAAGAAAUUUUAAACACGAAAGAGACCAAAGACGGUGACCAGUCAACCGAGGUGAGAAUAGAGCCUCGGUGUUUGCCAUUUUACCCGGAAGACCUUGCAUGGCAGUUACAGCUUACUCGAAAGGAUAUCAGAAGAUCGGAAGCUUAUUUCAGGCUUCAUAAUUUUUUAAUAGCUGAGACUAACAGUGGAAGUAUUAGCCGGCAAGAAGUGGUCAGCAUGAUCCCUCCGAUUCUCCUGGAUGUUAAACCUUGGCACAAGGUCCUUGACAUGUGUGCUGCUCCUGGAUCAAAGACUGCACAAUUAAUUGAAAUGAUACAUGCAGAAGAGAAACAUGUACCUCCUGAUGGCUUCGUAAUUGCUAAUGAUCUCGACAAUAAUCGCUGUUAUAUGCUGGUUCAUCAAGCUAAACGUUUAAAUAGUCCAAAUAUUCUCAUUACAAAUCACGAUUCAUCCGUUAUGCCUAAUUUUGACAUUACCAACUCUGAUGGUACCAAAGGUACUUUAAAGUUUGAUAGAAUAUUGGCCGAUGUUCCAUGCAGCGGUGAUGGGACAAUGCGGAAAAAUCCCGACAUAUGGUGCAAGUGGAGCGCAGCAAAUGGAAAUAAUCUCCAUGGGAUUCAAUACAGAAUAGCAAAACGUGGUUUGGAGUUGCUCGCCGUUGGAGGAAGAAUGGUGUACUCGACGUGUUCUUUGAAUCCUGUUGAAAAUGAAGGUGUACUUCAUAGAUUACUAGAAGAAACAAAUGGGUCAGUUUGCCUUAGGGACUGUAGGGAUUUAGUGCCAGGUCUUAAAUGUAACCCAGGUGUCAGUCACUGGUUACCUGCGUCAAAAGAUCUGCAAUUCUACAAUUCAUGGGAGGAAGUGCCCGAUCAGUGGCAAACGCAAAUUCGGCCUAAAAUGUUUCCUCCGAAUCCGGCGGAUGCCUCCAAGCUUCAUUUAGAACGAAGUAUGAGGAUAUUACCACAUCAUCAAGAUACAGGUGGUUUCUUUAUAGCAGUCUUAGAAAAAAUUAUGCCAUUGCCUUGGGAAAAGGAAUCGAGUAUAGUGGAUGUUAAACCAAACAAGUCACUUGAAGGAGAUGAAAAAGAGGAAUUGAAUCUUGAGGAGGAAGCGGAAGCAGAAAUAGAAAAAAGGAAGGAAUCACAGGAUGGCAAACGACCUCUAAUAGAUGAAAACAAGCCACGGCGGAAACGUAAGAGAAUGAUUGGUUAUCGAGAAGAUCCUUUUGUUUUUUUUAAAGAUGACAAGGAGGAUGUGUGGCCAUCAAUCAAAGAUUUUUAUGAAAUACAAGAUGACCUGGAUCCUCGAUGUCUUCUAGUAAGAUGUCAUGAGGGUAAAAAGAAAAAUAUCUACUUUACAUCGCAAGCAAUUCGUGACAUUGUGUUGUUGAACGAAAGUAAGGUGAAAAUUAUUAAUACUGGAGUGAAAACCUUUGUCCGUUGUGACAAUAAAAACAUGAAGUGCGCAUUCAGACUUGCUCAGGAAGGAAUGCACAGUAUAUUUCAUUAUAUCGGAGACAGUAGAAAGGUUCGCAUCUCCAGGGAAGACUUGGUUAUGCUUCUUCAGAGCAGUGACCCACAAACUCCACCGGAAAUUGUUCACUUGAGCGUGGGGACACAAAAUCUGCUGAAAGAUGUUGCUAUCGGUAGUUGUAUUCUUCUAUACAAUGAGGAAAAAACGAGUAGUCCGUAUCCAUUGAAUUUUGAACUCGUGGGUUGGAGAGGAACGAUGUCACUAAGAGCUUACGUUCCUGUUCACGACGCUAUUCAUUAUUUAAGACUUUUAGGAGCUGACUGCUCAAAGUUUGAAAGAAAUAAAUUCAAGGAAGAUAAGCAUGCUAUGACAUCCGGGGAAAAUACUGAGAUGAACGAACAAGACGAUUUGACAAAAAAUUGUUCCGAUGUUGACGAUAAAUCAGUGGACGUGAAAACAGAGAACCUGGAGGAAACUAUUUAAUAAACGAUUGAUACAGAUUAUACUUGAGAUCCGAUAUCCAUUUAACAAGUUAUAAUGAUCUAAAUAUGUAUCGUAUCAGAGGACGUCACGAACAAAAAACGGAGCCCGACGAAAUGUACGGGAUACUAAGACGACAAUAAAAAUUUGUUACCGACGCCCUCAGAUAUCAAUGGGGAACAAUAAAGAUGAUAUAAAAUC